UACCAACACUUGCAAAUGUUUGACUCCUGACCACAGACUUGAGCGUGAAGUUGGAGAACCUGUGGGAAAUAUAUACGUGUUUUCCUGCUGAAGCCCUUCCAAGUCCCGGGCAUUCUUCGGCCUGACAGAUGUUCCUGAGCAGCGUGGGUGUGGCUGCCUUUUCGGAUGGGCGGAUGAUGGAGGGGCAGGAGCUCCAGUCAGUGAGCAAGUUGGAGGAGCAACUCCAACAAGCUCGGCAACGGUCCAAAGAGCUCAGGCAGCAGUUGCGGUUGGAACUCGAAGCGGCAAGCGAACUUGAAAAACGACUGGAGAAGGUCCGUGCAGACAAGGCCGUGACGAGGCAGCUGAUUGCACAGGAACUCCAAGAAGUCAAAGUGGCACAUGCAAAGCUUCAAGAGGUGAAAGGCCGCGAUGGGACGCCCACAGAGCGGGCGCGUCAGGCCCUCUCCUCGAGCGUUCUCGCCAGUGACACCGGGGCGUUGACGGUGCAGCGCUGCGACGUGCUGCAGCAGCGUGCGCGUGCCUUGCUGCACGGGGGGGCCGACCUGGAAGCCGCAGGCGGCAACAGCUGCCUGAGCGAGGCGCGGGAGGCUGCAGAGAUCGUCGAGCAGUUGGAGGACUUGGGCCAUGGAGAUGAUGCGCUUUAUCGAGCCCUCCUGCAGUUCAGCCUGAGGGGCUUGGAGCGGCAUUUGGAGCCCGACGAUCCGGAAGUGCUGGCACGGGUCCAUUCCUUGGGCGUCUCCUUGGAGAAUCUGGGCGAGAAGACCCUGGCUUUGCAGUUCUAUCAACGUGCCUAUGAGAGUCGUUCGCAGCGUUUGGGGUCAGAACAUCGAGACACCUUGGAUUCAGGCUACAAUUUGGCCACCUGCUAUCGAAACGUGGGGAAGCUUUCGGAAGCGGAAGUUCUCUUCGAGAAUGUUCUCACGUGUAGUCAACGAGUCUUGGGGUCACAGUGCCCUUUGACCAUUGACACGGCUGAGCAGUUGGCUGAUUUAUUAGAGCGGAAGGACCUGGUCGCAGCGUGGAAGCUCCGACGUUCACUCCUGGAAUGGUCCCGGUCCGCCUACGGCGAGGACGACCCUGCCGCCCUUCUGGCCAUGGCGAAGCUCGCCGGCGUGCUGAAGCGUGCGGCGGACGCCGGCGUCGCCAGUCGCCUGGCUGCGGCGGAGGCGUUGAAGGCCUCGGUGGCGCGACAUCAGAAGGUCCUGGGAGCUGAGAGCCCAGAGGCCAUCCAAGCCGCAGCAGAGUUGGCAGAGUUCAUGGCGAGCUCUGGUGCAAAAGCGCCGCCUCGCCUCAAAUGGUUUCAGGCUGGAGGAGAUCUUCUGCAUGAAGAUCAGCGAGAUCAUGCGUGAGGCGGCUCCAUUGUUUUCUACACAGAAGAAGAAGGCCUGUGAGCCUGCGUAGCACACUCCAGAGAAAGUUGUCUAGUAGCAAGCGCUUAUAGAGCAGGUCAAAUCUGAGUACUUGCUUGCCUUGAAGAAAUUGAAAGGUAUGCAUUUGGAAUCUGGCUACAAACCCACUCACAAAGGUUGGGUGCCUAGCCAGGUUACUGAAUGCUUUCUGUGUGGAUGGGCUAAGCACUCGUGUUCUUGGCAGUACAGGGCCUCUGGCAAAAGGCGUUUGGUGACGGGAUCAACCUGUCUAUGCUGUGUGAAAGCAACCAAAGUGCUGAAAGUUAGUCGGUCCGUUCAUACGCUCCAAAAGCUUGGCUUGAAGCUAGCCGUUGUCACUGUUUCCCAGUUUUUGCAGCAGAAACGCGGGGGCGCUGACACUUGCUCCUGUGAUGCUUGUAAAGUGGCGUGAUUAGCUGGCUGACCCAACGCCAUCGAGACGGGGUCAUGGC